AUGCGAUUUGAGUACUCUGUGGAAGAACCUCUAAACAGGGAGCCUCCAGUGCAGAAACUUACAGAGAGCUUCAUUACAGAGCAGGGUGCUUAUGACAGGAAUCAUGGGCCUAUACCUCACUUGAACGCCGAUGAUCACGUUGUUCACGUUGAUGGCGACGUUCAUACGAUUCUAGAACUAUCGGUUGAGGAGCUGAGAACACGGUUCACGCAACAUGAGAUCGUUUCUGCGCUUCAAUGCGCCGGUAACCGUCGACACUCUAUGCGAACUUUACUCAAAGAAGUCAGUGGGAUCGAUUGCGCCGGAGAGAGUCGUGCUGAAAGCAAGAUCGGCUUAGGCUCCGUGAAGUGGCUCGAAAGAAUAACCGUUCAACGAGACGAAUCUACAAAUCACUAUCAGCGCUUUGAUUACAAACGAUUGCCCCCUCAAGCAACGGAUGUCGAAGCGGCGAGAAAAUAUUGGGAGCUUACACCUGCCUUGCAAGAUAUGCCAAUCAACUCGGUGAUCGCGAUUCCUCAAAGUGGUCAAACCGUGCGAUUGAACUCCGAUGAUACGUUGGAGGUGAAGGGUUAUGCAAUACCGCAAGGCAACCAAGGUCCAGUGGUGAAAGUUGAAGUCUCUACUGAUAUUGGCCAAACGUGGACAGAAUGCAACAUUUUGGCGGGUGGGGAGUCGGAGAGCAAAUGGGCUUGGUCUCUGUGGAUGGUUUCGGUACGGGCACAGAGGGGAACGCAACGCUUGCUUUCUCGAGCGACGGACAAGGGUGGCAAUGUACAAACAGGCGAGCCGGUGUGGAACUUGAGGGGAGUCGCAUAUGAUGGACAUGGCGAAGCAAGAGAUCUAAACGUCAUAUAA